AUGCUUCACUACGCCAAGCUGGACAAGUGUUUUUGGGCUGAAGCAGCAAUGACGGCGAUCUACAUCAAGAAUCGCUUACCAUCGCCCAAGUGCCAAGAUCAAACCCCGUUCGAGAUCGUCAACGGAUUUCGACCAAGUGAGAAAGAAGCGCAUGCGGGUUUUCGGCUGCCGAACGUUUGUGCUGACCCCUAA